UAUAAAUCAAUUUUUAAAAAUGAUCAAAGUUUUAUCUUUAGUUUUAAUUGUAAACUUUAUUUGUAUUGCUUGCAGCUAGAAAUUUGAAUAUGAUGAGGAAAUGGCUAAAAACUUACUAGGAUUUUCACUUUUAGCUUACUGCAAACCUGAAAACAUCCCAAAAAAUAAUUGUGGAGAACCUUGUUAAAGAAAUCCCUCGAGUUUAAUUGAUUAUUUAGUAAUGACUUCUAAUAGUACACAUACAAGCGGAAUAAUAGGCUAUUCUACUGAUCAUGAUGCUAUUAUUAUUACUUUCAGAGGAACUAUUUCUACUGACUUGACUAACUGGAUGUACAAUUUAGACUCUAUAAAAGCUCCUUUUACUGAAUGCACUGUUUCUAAUUGUAAAGUUCAUCAAGGUUUCUUAGAUCACUUUAAUAACAUAAAAGACUAAUUAACAUAACAUUUCAAAGAGUUGAAGUAAAAAUAUCCUCAAGCUAAAAUUUUCCUAACUGGACACUCCCUUGGCGCUGCAAUUGCUACAAUAAGCUUAGCUCACAUUUACAGUCUAAAUGAACAAUAAUAAAUUGACAUAUUCUAUAAUUUUGGAAGUCCUAGGGUUGGAAAUGUGGAAUUUGUUAAUUGGUUUACUUAGUAAAACAUGGCUAAGUUAUAUGGCAGAAUUACGACUGCACAAGAUCCUGUUAUCCAUACUCCUCCAUCUAAUUUCCCAUUUUAUUUCUAACACAUAAAUUAGGAAAUAUAUUAUUUAGUAAGUUAAAAAAAUGCAACUUACAUUUAAUGUGAAAAGCCUAAUGACAGUAAUUGUAUUAGAAGUUCAAUAGAAUACUCAAUAUAAGACCAUUUAAAUUAUUUUGGAUGGAACUUAAAAUAAUCAAAAAAGCCUUGUAAGUGAUUGAUUUUUGUGAUUUAUG